AUGAGUAGAAGUAAAGAUUAUCCUGUUUCUCUAAUUUCAGUUGGCUCUUUAAAAGAGAAUUUACAUUUUGGUGACUUUUCUCAAAAUUGGUGGGAAACUAGACAAAGCAAUAAUUCAAAUGAUAUUGACAAUAUUUCUAUUUUAUAUCCUAUUCGUAUUGGCAUGGAAACAAUGGUUAUUCUUAAUGAGACACGAUUUUUUAUUACUGUAGUUCAAGGCUGUGAAGGCUCAUUAUACCAACCUGGAUAUAUAUGUGAAGUUAAUGGUAAAAAAAGUGAAGUUUUUAGUAAUUCUUCAGCUGCUAUAACUAACACUUAUCAGGAACUUUUUAGCAGUAAAUCAAAAUUUUCUGGUCCUCUUAUAAUGGGACAUAAUAAAUCAAAAAUUAAUGAACAAAUUCUUGCAGACAUAACUUUCUAUCCAUUUAAUUGUAUGUUUUCAAACAUAAAAUUAUUUGUAUAUGGAAUAGGUGCAUUUACAAAGGAUCAUCUAGAUAAUACAGGUCCAGGUUUCAAAUCAUCUUUUGUUUAUUUGAUUGGAGCCAAAAAAAUAAAAACUUUAUUUGUUCAAGAAAUUAAUGAGAAGAACUCCAGUGUAAAAAUGUAUCAAAAUUAUAAUUUGGUGUUCACAUAUAUUGGUAAUAGUCCUAAUAAUGUAUGGGAGAAAGUUGGCAUACUUUCACAGCAUAAAGGAAUAGAUUUAUUUGGUAUAACAAGCCCUCAAGUUCAAUCUUAUAUUCAAAAAUUUCGUGUACCUAAAUAUAAAAAAAAAUAUAAAGUGUUAUUAGAUGAAGUUAAUAAAUAUUUAUAUUAG